AUGCAACUGGCAACUACGACGCUGCUGCUGCUUGCCACAUGGCCCCAGCAACAGCAACUGGAAUCACACAAUCUGAGCUUCGUCCGGGAUGUGCUACACAAUGCCGCAGGUCAACAACGCUGGACGAAUACGCCCAUCUUCCUCAAUAGCUAUGUGCAACGCGAGCAGAUGGAUCAAUUAUUGCACUGGUUGCACAACAAUUUGAGUGUUGCAAGCUAUCAAUUCGAUGGCACUCAGGAGCAGCCCGAUACCUAUAAUCCGCUGAGGAAUCACAUCAAAAACGAUGCGUUGAGUUUACUCUUCUGUCACAGCGCCGUGGAGCACAUCUGGUGGCAUCUCGAUGAGCGUUUGAGCAGGUUACGCCAGAGCAAGCUCAUCAUCAGCCUGGAUGCACUCCAGAAUCAGCUGGCGUUGCGUAACAUCUUCGCCAAGUUGUGGAGUCUACAGUUCAUGCGAGUUCUGGUGCUGCACCGGCAAAGGAUCUACACUUAUACGCCGUAUCCCUCAGUGCGUUACUAUGAAAUCAAAUUGGAGCACUCCAGUCAACUCUUUCCACAUCACAUGCCACACAAUUUGCAUGGAUAUGUGAUCUCCACGCCGGCACAGAAUGAUUUGCCGCGUGUAUUCCGUUUGAGGGAUGAGCGUACGGGUGUCCUGCUCAUCCGUGGCUAUGGUUACCGUGUCCUCGCCGAGUUCCUGCAUCGACACAAUGUUCGGCUGAUUAUCAGCAAUGCCGGAGAGAUUUUGAAUCUGGAGAGUAACGUCAACAUGACUCGCAUCAACAAGCUGAUCGGUGAAAAUAAACUUGAGAUCACCAUGCAUCCAUAUGUGAGCAUCGAUCGCGAUCUGGGCAUUCUCAGCUAUCCGCUGCACAUCGCUCAAAACUGUUUGAUAAUGCCAGUGCGCAAUGAGAUUCCACGUUUUAUGUACCUGCUGCGUCCGUUCCACUGGAGCAGCUGGAUACUCCUCCUCUUUGCCGUGAUCUACAUUAGUUUGGCUCUGUAUUGGCUCCGACCGGGCUUGGGUCACAGUCCUGGUUUGAGCUUUCUGGUGGCGCUCUGUCAAUUGCUAUUCCUCAGUGCACCGAAUCAUACUUACGCACCUUCUCUUAGAUACUUUCUGGUCGCCCUGCAGCUCUCGGUUCUAGGCUUCUUUGUGACCAACUGGUACUCGAAUCAGUUGAGCAGCUCUCUGACAGCCACCCUGGUCGGAGAGCAGGUGAACACCUUCGAGCAGCUCAUCGCCCAGCAGCAACGCAUUCUGUCCAAGCAUCAUGAGGUGCGCAUGCUGCUGGAACAAGUGCCGCCACAUCUAAAGCAGCAGGUUGAACGUCUUGUCAUUGGCUCCGAGGCUGGGGAGCAGGUGAGUGCUCUUCUCCACUUUAAUGUCAGCUACGCGUAUCCCUUUACCGUGGAGCGUUGGCAAUUCUUUGCCCUGCAGCAGCAAUACGCCGACAAGCCCAUCUUUCGUUAUUCCUCAGUCUGCCUGGGUGCACCUGUCAUUGGCUAUCCGAUGCGGAAAGAUUCGCAUCUGGAGUCACCCCUCAAGCAUUUUAUAAUGAGAAUCCAGAGCAUCGGUCUCUUUCAGCAUUGGAUAGUCUCCGACUUUAAUGAUGCUUUGAACGCGGGCUAUGUCCACCACAUUGAUAACACCCGCAGCUUUAAGGCACUCGAUCUGGACGCAAUGCGCCUGGGCUGGUUUAUUCUCCUCGGUGGCUGGCUGCUGACCGCAGUGGUUUUUCUCGGCGAGCACCACUACAACCACCACCACCAGCACCACCUGCCAGUGACUUCAAGUUUAAUUCAAUUGCAAGCAAUUGACAGAAAUACACAAAACCAGCCCCUCAAGCGAGGAACACAGCCCGAGAGCAGAGAGAGCCUCAGUCACUGA